AUGUCCGCCGCCGCCGGCACCGUUCGAGCAGCACCGGCCUUCUUCACUCGUUCUCUGAUACUCACUCCUUCUCACCUAAGUCACCGUGCGGGCAAAUCCUCUCGUCACGAUCCAGCCCUUGCUUACCGUAUCUUUCUAGACCUCCAACAAAAUAUCCGACGAAGCCUCGAUCCUUACCGAUUCAACGCCAGAAAUCUGCACUCAUCCCCACGCCGGGCAGCUACCGUCCCUUCAUCCUCCGCUGGCAUGUCUAACUCGGCCAUCCCACAUAUUUCUCUACACAUUGCGGCGUCUUCUAGCGGGAAAGGCCGGAAGUACCGUCCGGAACUGAGCACGUACGAGUACGUCCCAAGUGACGACGACGGGCUCGGUGUUCAACGCGGCUCAACGCCCGAAGAGAAAAGGAUUCGACGUCCGGACAGCGGGCAGGAUGCAUACUUUGUUGCUCGUGUUGGAAAGGACCCAAACACCACUGCUUUCGCAAUAGCGGACGGCGUUGGUGGCUGGUCUGACCAUGGAAUCGACCCCGCAGACUUCUCCCAUGGCCUGUGUAGCUACAUGGCAGAGACGACGCUCUCUUGGUCAUCAAAUGAGCGACUCGGUCCCAGACAGCUUCUCGAAAUAGGGUACGAGAAAACUAUCAGGGAUCCCACAAUCCACGCAGGGGGGACAACGGCGUGUGUUGCGGUGACAGAAGGAGAUGGCCGCAUGCGCAUUGCGAAUUUGGGCGAUUCGGGUUUCCUACAGCUGCGACUGGGGACGGUGCAUCAUUAUUCCAACCCGCAGACACACGCUUUCAACACUCCAUACCAGAUGAGCCUGACUCCCCCCGAGAUCCUGGCCCAAGCAAUGAUCUUCGGUGGCUUACCUCUCAACGACAAGCCCGAACGCGCCGACUUGGCGGACCACAUGCUACGGCAUGGUGACGUCCUUGUGCUGGCGACGGACGGUGUGUGGGACAAUCUCAAUUCCCAGGACUUAUUGUCCAUCGUGUCUCUCCAUAUGCGAACGACUGGCGCCUGGCUGAGGUCCAAGGAUCAAGGAUACACCAUCUCACCGGUUCUCUCUGAACUUGUGGAUCACAGCCUAGGACCGCACAAGCACAAUCUCCGGAUCUCGGACACGGUCGACAUUUCUUUCCAACAACUGCCUCUCGCGACAGGGACGUUGCAGAGCGUGCUGGCGGCGGCAAUUGUCGGGGAAGCCAAGAACGCCAGCCUCAACGCGAAGCGAGACGGCCCGUUUGCGAAGGAGAUGCAGAAGCAGUUCCCCUACGAUCCCUGGCACGGUGGCAAGGUAGACGACAUCGCCGUCCUGGUGGUCGUGGCCGUGGAUCAGAACAAGGCCACUGAGGAUACUCAGAAGCUGAAGCUAAAGCCGAAGCUCUAA